CCGCUUGCGGCCUGGUGGUCACCACUCUGGCACUCACCACUCACCAGCCAGUCUGUCACCAGCUAAGCUAACCAUCUUAAACAAUAACUGGUUGUGGAAAAGCGCAGUUCAGAAAGGCCAAAUUUCAAUGCCAACUUUCUUUAAGUAGCAUGGUUCGUUUGAAGUCAAGAUACCUGUUGAUGGAAAUACAAUUUGAAGAUGGUUUAGUUGACCAAAGUCUAACAUCUGGCAAUGUAUACCAUGAGAUUAUGCGAUCAGUUGAGAAUACGUAUGGCCAUUAUGGGUUUAGCUGCGUCAAGAUGACAUUCAAAGUUAAAUACGUCAAUCCAUUUACUGGGGUGGUCUUUGUCAAGUGCAGUCGAGAUUACUUCAGAAUGCUCUGGCAUGCUGCUACGUUUGUAAAAGAAAUCAAUGCAAGACAGUGUUCAAUAAAUACUCUUCACUUGUCAGGAACAAUAAAUUCAUGUCAAAGAUUUUUGAUCAAACACAACAAAAAACAACUGCAGAAAAUGUUGGCCCAAAGCAAAACAUCAGCCGAAAAGCAAAAGAUCUCCAAAAUGCUUCAACAAUUGCCAUCAGCAGAGUCAAUUGUCGCAGAAAACAGGAGAAGACAAGGAGAUCUUGCUUCAAAACAUUUGACUGGCUGAUUGAAAUGAACUAAGCAUAAAUGAACAAGAUUGUAUGGAACCUGUUGUUUCCAUUUCACUAGAAUACAUGAAACAUUUGCCAAAGACCAACAUGGUCGGAUGAAAUAUGAGCAUUAAAUUGCAUGAACUAGCAACUUUCCCAGAUCCCUUGUUUAAAAGAAUAAAAGAUACUACAUUCAGUUCUGGCCAAAGAUGAAGUUUUAAAGAUGAAGUCGCAAUUGUACACUUGUAAGAAAUUAUUAAAGUAUUUGUAUUGUAA